CUUGCAUUUCUGUUAAUCUUUGUUUUAGAAGGUGUUUGCUUCAGCACAGCACAGCAGCAGGCUUUAGAGAUGCUUUUGUUGGUUCCAGGACCCUCCCUGCCAGGGAAGUCACCAAUGGACUGUAGACACUUAGCUGAGAGCAGCGAGGAAAUCUCCUGCCUGGGCGCAGAGCCCGAUUCCCUGCUGCCUUCUGCUGCCGGCAGCAAUCCCUGUCCACCCCUGGUGGCUGGGCAGCGGGCUGGGGCACCUCCUGGCAGACCCGCUGCUGCGAAUGCUGCUCGAGAGCGCAGUCGGGUUCAAACCCUACGCCAUGCCUUCCUCGAGCUGCAGAAGACUCUCCCCUCCGUGCCGCCUGACACCAAACUCUCCAAGCUGGAUGUACUGCUCCUGGCCACCACCUAUAUCGCACACCUCACCCGCAGCCUUCAGGAUGAGGAAGAGUCACCAGGAGAGGGCUUAGGUACCCUCCGAGGGGAUGGAUACCUCCACCCUGUCAAGAAGUGGCCAAUGAGAUCCAGGUUAUACAUUGGAGCUACAGGACAGUUUCUGACUCACUCGGCACAAGGAGACGGUGCAAACCAAGGGGAAACAUCAACAACUUCACAAAUCUAAUCUCCCUUCUUGCUUUAAAAAAAAGGUUAUUUAUUACACCUUAUAUAUAUUUAAGUUAAAAUUACUACCUACAGACAAACUAUAAUUCCUUAAUACUGUUAGUAGGAAAAAAGGAAUUGACUCUUAAAUGUAAUUAAUACCUCAUUAACUUAAUGUGACACAUGAUUGGUUUCUAUCACAGAGGACAUUACUGGGAUCUGAAAUAGAGGAUUAGGAGAAGACAAUUGCAGGCAGCACCAAUGCAAGGGGCAGGCACAGAGGCAGAGCUGCUAGCGGGAGAGGAAACCUCGUCUCCUAUGGACAAGCGGUGAAUAGGUACGCUGUGGGAAAGUGAGGAGAAGGAGUGAUGAGUGAAAAGCAAAGGACAAGUCUAAAAAUAACAAUCAAAAUACCGCCUCCAUCUUCUUCACCGCAUAAGGCCGGUGGCAGAAAUCCUAGUGACUGCAGUCACCAGGUCAGGGCUUCAUCCUUCGGAUUAUCAUAAAUGUAUGUAGUUAUCCUUGAAAAAGUGGAUGCAUGUUGACCUCAAGUCACAAUGUGGUGAAAUCUGUCCUACAUACACACAGCUCUAUGUACAACACGCAGGAGCUGCUCUGUACGUCACGUAUUGCUUGUAUUGACUUAUACGGUUGUGUUGCAUGUUAUGGGGUUUCAAAUGUGUUCAAUUGUUACCCCAGUACCACUAUUUGUCUGCUUAAGGUAUCAAGGUUCAUUUCCUUGUCUUUUUGUGGAUUCAUGCAUUCAAGCAAAUGAGCCUUAAGAGUUGGCUUGUUCACAGCACAUUUUUUCACUUAAAUAUCUUCUAUAUUUAGGCAAGAAAAGCUGAAACCGAAUGCACAAAUGCCAUCUAAUGUAUCUGUUGUGUAGAGCACUGUACUUCUCAUAGUGUUAUUGCCAAGGUAAACAUUUUAUUAAAUAUU